CGGCCAGUCGCCAGUCGUCGCCGAGUAGUUCCUUGGAGCGUCCGCGUCGUCGAUUAUCCGCGCCAUUUUUGUUCGUCUUCUAAUUCGUCUGCGUUCUACAAGUGCUUUGAAAACUCUUGGACACAGUUGAAGCUUGGAUUUGCUCAUGUGCAGCGUUUUGAGUGCUUUCUAAAUAGUUUUUGGUGAACUGGUGUGAGUGUAGUUAAGCAGGUCGCAGGUCUUCGUGCCUCAAGUGGCGUUCGCGUACAUACAGCGUCAUCUCACCGACUCUCUCGAGGGUUCAUUGUCCAUGGUUUAAACGCUAAUGUACCUACUUGGAACUGGGUGUGAACCCAGAUACGGUGUGGUGUGAAGUUUUAUAUAAUCGUCUUUGGUUGACGAAACUUACAGUGAAUAAAACUUAAAAUCGGUACUUAAAAUUCCCGAUUCGUGUUUGUGAACAACUUUAAAUCUAAAAUACAUUUCAAGUGCUGUUUAACGAAGUGCAUUGUUGGCUUAGUACGUGACAAUCAGAUUUCUGAUUGUUAUGCUCUAUGACGAAGUGAUCAGUGUUGCAAUUGGAUUGUCAUAUGUUUGGAUUUUUAACAUUUAAAUGGCGAAUAUCGGAAAGAAUAAACAACGUCAGUCAUGAGCACGAAAUUGAAUAGAGGUUGUCAUUCGCAUCAAGCAGGAUAGCUUUUAAAGGGGGAGUCCAGUAGCAUCUUAGCAUGGACGUAUCAUUAAUUAAUAAUGUAUUGGAAGGAACGCGCCAAUACUUUAUGGGCAUACCGAAGCAGGCCGGCGACGGUCAGCAGGUCUGGCCGGCGGGCAGCGCUCCGCCUGAGGAGGGAGCCCCGGCCCAGUCCGGUGCGCCGGCGCCGACGUCGCGCCCGCCCUCCGCCGCCGCCGCGCCCCCCGCGCCCCCCGGCCCGCCCGCCACCCUGCCGCCGCCGCGGCCCCCCUCCGAGCCACUCGAGCCCGAGCCGCAUAUCAUACACAAGGCGACAGUAAUGAGGGAAGCAUUAGAAAAGCGUCGCGAACAACCGGACCCUGAAGACGACGAUGAUACAGAGGCGUUGUCACCGCCCUCGCAUAUAAUUCGCAAGCCGGCGGCGCACCUGCCCCCCUCCCCCGCCCCCGCGCAGGGCGCCCCGUGCCCGUCCCCGGCUCGCCCUCCGUCCGCCGCGCCCCUCCCAGCGUCCGCACCUGAAGCGCCUCAGCAGGCCGAGCAGCAGAGCUCAUAUCGGUUAACACCUCAUCGAGUGCAAACUCCGACAUCUCGAGCACCAGAUCUAUAUGGCCGGCCACCGGACACUUACCCGACUAGUCGCCCACCAGAGCCAGUCAGGCGCUACCAUUACGAAACAAAUCUAUUAGAUGCUGGGAGAACAUCGCAUGGACCACCGAUGCAGUCUCCUCAGCCAGCGCCUAUACCACGGCAAAGCCCACAGCACAAUUAUGGGCGAAUCACUAGUUCGGUACCAAUGCAUACGGUGGCUCGAAUGCGUGAUGUACCAUCAAGUAGUCCACCAGCGCCGCGAUACAUGCAAGCAUCACAACCACCUCCGCAUAAUGACCGUGUACCUCCAAUACAUCAUCCGAUACCGGUUCCACCCACUCAGAGGCCCGGCGUUGAGAAUCGGUCCACGGCAGCGUACCCCCCAACAUCACACCGCCGCGAUACGUCGCCUUACAGCCGUCCUCAUGUGCACUACGACAGGCAUGUGCCUGCAUUGCCAAGAAAAUAUGAUCCGCAACAAUCAUACCCAGGAUAUCGACCCACGGCAGCUGCACCCCUACCUUUGCCAAACCAACGGCACGAUGCCCAUCGUCAUGCUUAUAAGCACACGGGAAUGGAAGGUCUUAGUGCACAGUACGCCACCAGGCCGCCUGAACGAGUCGCGGGACCAAGUCCUCACGAAACUGCGCGGUUACCACGAGUAGAAUAUAACACAACGAGGAAUAUAGACUCUAGAAAUAGCUACCACUAUACAAGUCCAUCAACGUCAUCAGCAAGAUACCCGCCGACUGCAACCGUCCCUGUAGUUCAGCAUCCAUCUUUGCCACCAAAAAGCUCCACAUACCGUCCAGCGCCAGCCCCUGUAGCUGUGCCAAAAACUCCAUACGAAUACCCGGCUGCUAACCUAGCUCAAGCAUCCGCAGCACGGUCUACCGUAAAACCAAACUAUGCACCGAACCAACCAGUGCGACCAACCGUUUCGGUCACAUCACUUGUUAAUCAAAUGAACCAAACAAAACAAAAACGGGAGUCACCGCUAGAUUUAUCAGUCAAAACUGUCAAGAACUCCGCAGAUUCAUCAACGACUCAAGAUGAUAUGGUGGAUUCAGCUUCUCUUUUAGAGAGUAAAACUGCACCACUACAAGUUAGACCUUCGUCUAAUAGCCGGCAUAUCCCUCCAACUGGGUCUUCUCACAAAGUAGACUUUGCACCAGAUUUCCACUCACAAUACAGAGGGAGGCCAAGUAAUUCAAACUAUAAUCACGCUGCUGCAUCUGGGCAUUCUGCGAGAUAUAACGGAACUUAUGAAACUUUGCGUCCACCAAUUGAAUCGUAUCCAGUAGAAUCUAGACAGCCUGCGUAUCCAGACAGAACCAAAUAUAAUGUCCACCCACCGAAAAACGAUUAUGUGCCUCGAAUAGAUUUAACGAGGACAGUGGCUGAAGAGAGAUUUUCAGAUAAAAGAGUAAGGGAUGAUCGUAACUUUAUUAUAGAAGACAGAAAACGUUCUGGGGGACCAAUUGUUAGUAACAUUCCAGAAAAAAAUGUGCGCUGUGAGACGUGGAACACCGAUAGUAGAAUAGAUCACAUAAGCAGAUCUGCUCGUGAGCAAAAAGAAUUAAUGAGUCAACCAGUCUACAGUUAUAGCAGUCAUAAAAGAUUCGAAGCAUAUCAAAAAGAGCAAACGAGUCGAGUGGCACAACAUAUAUAUGGAGAACCACAGAAGCAUACUUAUCCAUAUCCCACAGAAACUUCACAUCGUGUGCCACCUAUUAGUUAUCACCAUUCUCACUAUAUGGACCGUAAUCCACCAAACAGUAGUAAUCGCAAUGUGAUUCAAAAAAUGCAUAAUAAUAUACAACCUCCUAACUUACACUUAGAUCACCAAAGUGGAAUUCCAGCAGAUAAAAGAGUUCUAAGUAUACUUAGAAAUAGCUUGGAAAUAAAACAAACCGGUUCAGCCGAUUCGCCAGUUUCAAAACAAAUACCUGAUCUCAUUGUUAUAGACGAUGCAGAUGAUGAUGUAGAAAUAACAGAUCUCACAAAAGAAACUGAUGUUGGAAGCGCUAAGAGUUUUCACAAGCGCCCUAAUGGCUCAGAUACCCGUUUGUCAGAACAGAAUAUUCAAAUGCCGAAAGCUGUGGAUUCGAUUCCAAGGGAGGUAGAAUCACACCGAUUCGGUCAUUCAGAACCAAAAAGCAAGUCACCUGAGGCUGACGUAGCGUCAAGAAUCAGAACAAAAGCCGAGUUAAAAGUAAUGCCUACUGAGGGGGCUUCCCAUAUCGAAACAAAGUUAGAUAAUCUUCGGGAUAGUAACCAACCUAAAUUAGUCCCAAAGUCACAAAAACAACAUUUAUUUAACCAGAUAAGAGAAGACAAUUUAAGAUUAGAAUCAGUUAUCAAAAGUGACCAUCAACCUAUGAUACCCCUUUCAGAAGUCAAAACAGAACCUAUGAAUAUAGAUGAAAUAGAAAAAGACGCAGAAAUAUCUAUAAAAAUGGAAAAUACUUUUAAAGAUACUGAAUCACCUGCUGAAGAUGACUUGGAUUGGGCUUCAGCAUGUGAUAGUUUUAUGGAACAACUAAAGACAGGUUCUCAUAAGAAAAAAACUAAAUCUAAGCGGUUGGAUUCAGAAAACAAAACAGAAAGUACAGUCAAUUCCAAUACAUCUGUUGAUAUCGCAGUAGAUAAUUCUCAAUUGCCAAAUGAUACAUCAGUGCAAAGUUCUUCGAAAACAUCCUUAAUAGAUACAACAAUAACUAUAAAACAGGAACCGAUUGAUGAUGAUGAGCUAUUAUCAACUUAUCAAAGUAAGCCAGCGACAUUAACGGCAAAAACUGAAAGGGUUGACACCAAAGAUGAGAAAAAUGACGAAGAUAUUGAUGCACAAAAAGAUGCGCAAAAUAGAGAAAAAAUCAAAGAGAAAAAGAGUUUGGACAAUUGCAGUACUCAAAAAGAUAGAAGAAUUACCGAUAACAAUGAUAACAAAAAACAAAAGCGUAGUAGCGAAUGUGAAGAAAACAAGAAACAAAAGCGUAGUAGCGAAUGUGAAGAAAACAAGAAACAAAAGCGUAGUAGCCAAUGUGAUGAAAACAAGAAACAAAAGCGUAGUAGCGAUAGUGAUGAAAACAAGAAACAAAAGCGCAAUAGCGAAAGUGAAGAAAACAAAAAACAAAAACGGAGUAGCGAAAGUGGUGAUAAAGGAAAACAUAGAAGUGAAAAUAAAGAUAUUAAAAAAGAUAAACGAAACAGUGAAAUUACAAAAAGAAAGAGAAGUGUGGAAAUAAAUGACAGUAAAAAAGAAAAGCGCAAUAGUAAAAGUGAUAAAAUAUCGGUGAAAGCGUCAAAAGCAAAGAGCUCUAAAGGGAAAGAAAUAGAGAAAAUGAGUAAUUCCAACACAAAAAUAGAAAUUAAAAAAGAAAAAGAGCCCAUGAAAACUAUUAUCAAAGAAGAAUUAGAAUCUACCGAUGAUGACGAACCACUUAUAAAAAGUAAAUUAUUAAAAGAAAAAGAAGAAAGUGAACGAAAAAAUUACCAACUUUUGAAAGAUUUAUCAGAAAACACUCCUUAUGUAAAACUUGAAUGUUUCGAUGUUGAAUUAAGUAAUAGAAGAUCACUAGAUUCUUCCACUAUGCUUAAAGACAAUGAUGUUGGCCAAUUAACUAGAGGAAAAAUACUGCGGAAGUCACGAUCACAAGGUAAAUCUUUAUCAACUGAAAAUAAUAAUGAAAUACAUAAAAGCGACUCGAGUUCUGACAGUGAUACUGAUGAAAUAUGUGUUGCUAGCCGACUUCGAAUUCGGAAAUCAAUAAAAACUGAAGAAAAUAAAACUUCAACAGGAAACAAAACUCCAGUAAAAUCUUCCCCUAAGAAACACGAUUCAAGCAGUAGCAGCAGUACCCCGGUGCGUAAACCAGGAUUUGGUGACGGAUCAGAUUUUCGUCCUGGUUGGGAAGAAGAACUUUAUAGGUACAAGCGAUCUCUAAGAAUGCCAAGUAGAUUGAUCGCCAUACCGAGGGGCAGAUCUGGCGGCCCAUUCGUACGAGGAGGCAGUAACCUAUUCACACGAGGAUCGACGUCGUUGCCCGACCUUGACCCCGCGCCGCUGUCACCAGCCCCAUCAUCAGCCCCGUCCGCUGCCACCGAUGACCUGUACGCGCGACGUCAAGACAAACUUACUCUGGAUAGUGACUUAGAUUCAAAUUCAAGUUUUUCUGCUCCACUGCGGCUUAACUACGAUUCUGAGGCUUCAACAUCUACCGUAUUCUCAUCAAAUAAAAAGAAAGGAGCUUCAAUAGUUGAUGUCCUUAUAAAAAAAUGUGGAACAAGAAACGAAAAUAAAAAGAAGGCUAAAGACAAGCAAAAAGAAGAGAGCAGUCCAAAGCUUAUACCUAAAAAUCAAAACGAAUUGCUACCCACACCAAGUUUAGGGCUACUCAAGACGGGAUCAAAUGGAAAUCUGAGUGCCAAAAAGGAAAAGUUGAUGGAGGAUAUAUUCUACAAAGGAUCAUUCAGAAAGGAAACAGUAUCAGCUUUUAGAAAUGAAUUUAUAAAUAACACUGAUGGAUUAAUAGGUGCUACAGAAGAAUUUGCCCCAGUAGUGUUGAAAUCCCGAACAAGAAAAGAAAGCCGAGUUUUAAAACAACAAGCCACUAUAAAAGAGGUAUUUGGUGAUGAGCGAUCAGCAUCCGCCCCACCAUCAUCAGGCAGAGAUAAAGGUUCAAUUAAAGAUGAAGAUAAUAAAGACGAAGACCUGAAAGAAGGCGAGUUGCUUGGACUUAGUAUCAAAAUUGAACCCGAUACACCACCACCAGAAAAAAAUAAACCAAUUGAAAAAAGUAAGAAAUUGCUAAAAGAUAAAAUUAAAAAACGAUCGAGCUCGAUAAGAGAUGGAUUGCGAAGCACAAAAUCAUUGAAAAGAAACGAUGCAAAGGGUCGUCUGCUUCGUUUAAAAAAGAGGAACAAUAUGAAUUCAUUGACCAGUAAUAAGAAAAUUAAAGAUUUAUCAAAUAACAAAAUUAAAAAGGAGAAGAGUCCAGCACCAGAAGAGAAAGAAAAGGAAAAUACCAAUGGAGAAGGAGCAUCCGUACCCCCUCCGCCUGAAGUAAAGCGUCGCUUUAAACGAUUAUUUGGCCGGAGGAAAUUCAGUUCUGGUUUCGAUUACAUAAGAAAGAAGAAGAAGAUAAUCAAAAGAGAAGAUGGCACUGUAAGAAAAGUUCGCCGUCCGGCGCCCAAGCCGACCCCAGAAUCUGAACAUGACAUCGCCAAAGAAAUCAAAGGCUGGUUCAUCAAUAAAAGCAUAGGAGAAACAUCUCUGCACAGAGCUGCCCGACUAGGCUACACGGAUUGCGUGGCAUACUGCUUGGAGAAGAUGGAAGCGGACCCGUCCGCUAAAGACAACGCGGGGUUCACGGCUCUGCACGUGGCGGCGGCGCGCGGGCACGUGCGGAUAGCCCGGCUGCUGCUGCAGUACGGAGCCAAUGUGUCUGCCGCCGCGCAGGGGGGCAUCAGACCACUGCACGAGGCGUCCGAAAACAACCACGUGGAGAUGAUCCGUCUGCUCCUGUCGUACGGCGCGGACCCUAUUCUCGGCACGUACGCGGGGCAGACCCCGGUGGAGCUGGCGGAGGGCACGGCCGGCCGGCUGCUGCGGCUGUAUAUAGCUGAUGUUCAGGGACACACCAUCGAGGCCUGGACGUUUCCGUCGCCCACUGAGAUUAUUGACUACGACGAGCUCGGCUGCGACCCGCUGUCGUCCCCGCCGGCCGCAUCGCCGCCGCCGCCGCCGGACUCCACCAUCGAGAUCCAGUGCACGGAGGCGCCGCUGCCGCCCUUCUACAGCCUUCGCGGCGCCGCGGGGCAGCCGUCUGAGGGGCUCUGGUGUCUCUUGCAGGACAUCACCUCGCUGCUGCAGAUAAAAUCAAAGGACAGUCUCCUGAAGCAGAUCCACUGCGGCUCAGGGUCCCCCAAGGAGCUGCUUCGCGAGAUCCGCACCCAGGAGUUCCUGGAGCGAGCGCAGUGCCACCAGCUGCUGUGCGCCGGGGAGAAGGUCAACGUGCGCGCCUCCAAGGUCGCCCUGGUCAGGGUCACGGACAAGCUGCGCCAGCUGCUCAAGGUCGAGACCGUCCUUGUUAGCUGAUAUUAAGCCCACACUAGGGCUAGUACCGGGCGCAUUUAAGACUUGACAAAAGUUUUGCAUCGCGGAGCCUCAAAAGCGAGCGCGACGGAGAACUUUUUAAUAGCACCCCGUGCUACAGGGCUAGGAUAGACAAACAGUAUAGAUAGGAGUAUAACUGUGUGAGACUGUGUUGUGAACUUUCAGUUUGGAGACUGGCUCAACAAUGAAACCCUAACCAAUGACUGACUACAAAUCUUAAUUUUUAUACAUCUCAAUGUAAGAACAAAAUAAUAUUCGUUUUAUGAGACUGUGUAAUUUUAGCCAGCCUUUACAUAAACGUUUUUUUUGGCGCCAUUCAGGCCAAUAGCCGGCGUUCGAUAGUUUGUUUAGCUUAGACAUCUCGAAAGAGAUAAUGUAAAUAGUGUAAAUAUAGUUAAUUAAGUAAUUUUGAUGUCUGUAUAAAUGUUGCUUUUAUAUAAAUGUAUGAAGUUCUCAUGGGUGCUAUUUAUGCGAAUUAGUGAUGGUGUAUGGUGUGUAUAAUGGGUAGAUAUAAUGUAGGAACUGACAAGACCUAGUAGCACAAUCAGACUACACCUUGUCUUUGUUACUACUAUCAGUAUAAUAAACAUAAUAGUUACCAUAUAGUUAAGACAUAGCAUAAUCUUUAACUUUGUGUGCAAUAGCAAAUGUGUGUUAAACUUAUAGACAAUUUUAACUUUAAAUGGAUGGAGUUCAUCACAGAGUUAGGGAAGAUUAUCACAGCCAGAGUACUUAAAUCACAACUAUAAAGUAUAGCCGCAUGGCAGUUUUAUCCAUGGCAUAGCAAGCUUUGCUCCCAACCCAACAUAUCACAUUGAAACUCAAGUCUUAUAAUAACAAUGCCACAUCAUACCUAGUUAGCUUUUGUUAGUUAAAUUUAUACCACAUUACAAAUAUGUUUAUUAUGUUUUUAUUUUUUGAGAUUAUGCAAGUAAUUUCUAUUCAAUCUUGUGUUAUAUUAGAAGUUAUGUCCAAUUAUUGUUAUGUUUGCUAACUUUCUGCUGAAAUAUUUUUAUUCUAAUUUACAAUUAAUUUAAAUUUGUAAAUUGAGUUUAUGUUUUUAUUUAUACAAUCCUGUAAAAAGUAGGCAAAUUUAUUGAAUCUAAUGCAUAUUGAGAUGUUCUAUUAACAAUAUUAGAUAUAAUUAAUUUGAUGAAAGUUAUUUUCUAUGUAACAACAAAACAAACUAUAUUAAAAAUUAUAUAAAACAAAUGCAAAACCUUUACCUGUUUAGAAAUCAUAGAACAUGUGUAGGCACAUAACCAAAUAAAUUGAUUAAACAUACCACUUAAUAUCAAUGCUGCAUUUAAGUAAUGUUCAAAUCUUUUUUUGAUGUGCAGUAGGUAUUUUAAGUACAUGUUCCCAAGUCUUUAGUGUAAUGUAAAACUAUGUAUACAUCAGAAAAUCAAUGUCUAGCGAAAAUGUGCUUAAAGUGCUCCUGCUGUAUUUCAGAACAGCAGAUGUAACUAUCAAGUACAUAAAUGAUCUGUGAUGAAAUAGGUAAAUUAAGGAGAUUAUCUUAGUGUGAAAAGCGAUAUGAAUAACCUAUUUAGAACUACUACCCUGAAUGUGUAAAAAUUAAUUCAGUAAUAAGUACCUACUGAUUAGUAUUACUUACUAUAAUAUUGAUAUUUCUCGUUGAUAACAUGGAAAAUAAAAAAUGAACAAUUCAAUUA